AUGUCGAUAACGAAGAUCUGGGCUCGGGAGAUCUUGGACUCCCGUGGAAACCCCACUGUGGAGGUGGAUCUCUACACUGCCAAAGGUCUUUUCAGGGCCGCGGUGCCCAGUGGAGCCUCCACUGGGAUUUAUGAAGCCCUGGAGCUACGGGAUGGGGACAAACAGCGUUACUUAGGCAAAGGUGUCCUGAAGGCAGUGGAUCACAUCAACACAACCAUUGCACCAGCUCUCAUCAGCUCAGGGCUCUCCGUAGUGGAGCAGGAGAAGCUGGACAACCUGAUGUUGGAGCUGGAUGGGACAGAGAACAAAUCCAAGUUUGGGGCGAAUGCCAUCCUGGGUGUGUCCUUGGCCGUGUGUAAGGCAGGGGCAGCUGAGCGGGAAUUGCCACUGUAUCGCCACAUUGCUCAGCUGGCUGGGAACUCAGACCUCAUCCUGCCUGUGCCGGCUUUCAACGUGAUCAAUGGUGGCUCCCAUGCUGGGAACAAGCUGGCCAUGCAGGAGUUUAUGAUCCUCCCGGUGGGUGCCGAGAGCUUUCGUGAUGCCAUGCAGCUUGGGGCGGAGGUCUACCACACGCUCAAGGGGGUCAUCAAGGACAAGUAUGGCAAGGAUGCCACCAACGUGGGAGAUGAAGGCGGAUUUGCCCCCAACAUCCUGGAGAACAGUGAGGCCUUGGAGCUGGUGAAGGAAGCCAUUGACAAGGCUGGCUACACGGAAAAAAUUGUCAUUGGCAUGGAUGUCGCUGCCUCAGAGUUUUAUCGUGAUGGCAAAUAUGACUUGGAUUUCAAGUCUCCUGCUGACCCCUCCCGAUACAUCACUGGGGACCAGCUGGGAUCCCUCUACCAGGACUUUGUCAGGGACUAUCCUGUGGUCUCCAUUGAGGACCCCUUUGACCAGGAUGACUGGGCUGCCUGGUCGAAGUUCACAGCCAAUGUAGGGAUACAGAUUGUGGGUGACGACCUGACAGUGACCAACCCUAAGCGUAUCGAGCGGGCCCUGGAAGAAAAGGCCUGCAACUGUCUGCUGCUCAAGGUCAACCAGAUCGGCUCGGUCACUGAAGCUAUCCAAGCGUGCAAGCUGGCCCAGGAGAACGGCUGGGGGGUCAUGGUGAGUCACCGCUCCGGAGAGACUGAGGACACCUUCAUCGCAGACCUAGUGGUGGGGCUGUGCACAGGCCAGAUUAAGACUGGCGCCCCAUGCCGUUCUGAGCGUCUGGCUAAGUACAACCAGCUCAUGAGAAUUGAGGAAGAGCUGGGAGACGAAGCUCGCUUCGCCGGACACAAUUUCCGCAAUCCCAGCGUGCUGUGA